AUAAAAAUAAGAAAUAAAGAGCAUGAUUAUACAUUCCAAUAAGAUCAAAAUGGUAUUUUGAAUGUUAUGAGAUUGUUUUAACUUUUAAAUGUUGAAUCUGGGGAACAAAAUCAGGCGCGGGCAAUCUGAUGAGGCUCUCGUAGAGGAAAGCCCUCGGCGAUUGAGAGUAUAGGCCUUCAUUUUUCACAAUCACAGGGAAGAGCAUCAAUGGAGAAGAAAGAAAGCCCGAGGAUGAACAUCGCUAUCAUCCACCCCGAUCUGGGAAUCGGCGGCGCUGAAAGACUUAUUGUUGAUGCUGCUGUUGAACUUGCCUCCUGUGGACAUAAUGUCCAUGUAUUUACAGCCCACCAUGACAAAAAUCGCUGUUUUGAGGAGACUCUUUCUGGUACCUUUCACGUAAAAGUAUAUGGCUCAUUCCUACCCCGAAAUAUAUUUUAUAGACUUCAUGCAAUCUGUGCAUAUUUGAGAUGCAUUUUUGUUGCUCUAUCGGUGCUGUUUCUAUGGCCAUCAUUUGACAUUGUACUAGCCGAUCAAGUCUCUGUUGUUGUUCCACUUAUGAAGCUUAAGAAGUCAAUGAAGGUUGUUUUCUACUGCCAUUUUCCAGAUAUGUUACUUGCUCAGCAUACGACCAUGCUCAGGAGGAUAUACCGCAAGCCUAUAGAUUUUUUAGAAGAAAUGACUACAGGUAUGGCUGACAUGAUCUUAGUCAAUAGCAAGUUUACGGGUUCUACUUUUGCGAAUACAUUCAGGCAUCUAAAUGAGCGUGGAGUUAGACCAGCCGUGCUAUACCCAGCAGUAAAUCUUGACCAAUUUGAAAAACCUAGUGAAGACACCAAGUUAUUAAACUUUCUAUCGAUCAACCGCUUUGAAAGGAAAAAGAAUAUAGAAUUGGCAAUAUCUGCCUUUGCCAUGCUCUAUAAUAAUCAUGAAGGUGGUGGGAAUCAUUAUGCUAAUAUGGCUGAUGCUUCCUUGACUAUUGCAGGUGGAUUUGAUGAACGCUUAAGAGAGAAUGUCGAUUAUCUUAAGGAGCUGAAACUGCUGGCUGAAAAACAAGGUAUUUCUGAACGGGUCAAGUUCGUCCCUUCUUGCUCUACUGCUGAAAGGAAUGCACUUCUCUCUGAAUGCCUAUGUGUUCUUUAUACACCAAAGGAUGAGCAUUUUGGCAUUGUUCCUUUGGAAGCAAUGGCAGCGUAUAAACCCGUAAUAGCAUGCAACAGUGGUGGUCCUGUGGAGACAGUAGAUGACAGUGUGACCGGUUUUCUAUGCGAUCCUUGCCCACAAGAGUUCUGUUCAGCCAUGGCUAAAUUCAUCUCAGAUCCUAGCCUGUCUAUGACGAUGGGCCUUAAGGCCCGUCAGCACGUCUCAGAGUCCUUCUCAACCAAAAUAUUUGGCCACUGUCUCAAUGCCUAUCUCAUGGAUAUUGCAAGAGGGAAGGAGGACUAAUGAUCUGCCAUGACCUCCUGGGGAUUAUGACAUCACUGUGGUUCGACUUAUGUGAUUAGCAACAAAUGUUAAACUUUUUCACAUUUCAAGGAAUUUUGUUUUAUUACAUAAUACUCAAACUUGUUUUCUUCGUGAGAAAGAAUUAAGAUAUGAUUGAUAAGUUAGGUUAUAAAAUACGUAGUAUGUGAUACUAUAAGAUUAACCAAUCAAUAUAAUAUUUACUCCAAUUGAUUAUAAUUUCAUCCUAUAUUUAAAUGAUGGAGA